CAUUUCUCUUUCUCUUGCUCAUACAGGUGGCCAAGGUGCUGUGGUGGUAUUAUUUUUCCAAAGCAAUUGAAUUCAUGGACACUAUUUUCUUUGUACUGAGGAAGAAAAACAGUCAAAUUACUUUCCUUCAUGUAUAUCAUCAUGCCACUAUGUUUAACAUCUGGUGGUGUGUUCUGAACUGGAUCCCUUGUGGACAAAGUUUCUUUGGACCCACUUUGAAUAGUUUUAUCCAUGUUCUCAUGUACUCCUACUAUGGAUUUUCUGUCAUUCCUUCCAUGCGCAAGUAUCUGUGGUGGAAGAAAUACCUCACUCAGGCACAACUGAUUCAGUUUCUGCUCACCAUUAUCCACACUCUUAGUGCUGCCGUGAAGCCAUGUGGAUUUCCGUUUGGUUGCCUCAUGUUCCAAUCUUCAUACAUGGCCACACUGGUUAUUCUGUUUAUAAACUUUUAUAUUAAGGUAAGUUGGGGAAUGUAAAAAUCAUACACCGAGGUCUGAUUUCAGGUUAUAUUUAUUCAUCAAGCUCCUGAUUUGCUGAUGAGUGCAACUCUCUGUGAAUUUAUACCACCAUGCAUUGUGCUACCAGAAAUCAGAGAUCUGGAAUGUUUUUGCCAAAUGGACUGAUCCAUGACAUAAGAAACUUUAAUACAAUCAAGUUUUGUUAGUAUUUUAUUAAAAGAAAAUACCAGAUUUUUGUUUUUGUUGUUGGUGGGUAUUUAGGUUUGUUUGUUGUUUUUUGUUUGGUUGGAUUUUUGCUAUUAUAGCAGUUGAGGAAUAUGGAUGCAAUAAACCUGUGGUUCUCAAA